AUGAACUUUAACCCCUUAGCGACCUAUGUGAAAGAGCGGCAGGGGAAGCGGGUCAUCCGCAAGAUCCUCAUCUCCAACAAUGGCAUGGCCGCGGCGAAGGCCAUCCUGUCGAUGCGGAGGUGGACCUUCAUCGAGUUUGGUUCUGAGCAGAUCAUCACUUUUGUUGCCAUGGCCACCCAGGAUGACCUGAAUGCGAACGCCGAGUUCAUCCGCAUGGCGGACUCCUUCAUCGAGGUUCCCUCUGGCAAGAAUGUGAACAACUAUGCCAAUGUGGAUCUCAUUUGCUGGAGCCCCAGUUGGAUUCGAUGGGAGAAGGCGCAAGGUGGCAAGUGGCAAACCAUGAUGUUCCAGAUGUUCUUGAGAAGGACCCCAGAAUCCUAUCAGGAGCUAUGCGGAUGUGUAGGGUAUGCAGUUGUUCCAGGGAGCUUCAUGGAACUCCUUUGA